AUGGAUUCAAAAGAUAAUACUUUCAAUACUUUUAAUAAUUAUGGGGCCAGAUAUGGAGUGCAAGCUCAAAGUUUCAAUAAUAAUGGAUCUAUGACUUUUAACACCACAGGGUUCAACCAGGGAGAGGACGAAAAGAAGAGAUGUCUCCGCACUCUAUUUUUCAACGACUAUGACACACGAAAACAAGACAUUUCAAAGGUAUCCAAAGAGACCUGUGACUGGCUUCUAGAAACGCCCGAAUUCGAACAGUGGCGUGAUCGCUCCAAUUUAACAGAAAGCAAUGGAGUGUUUUGGCUGAAGGGAAAGCCUGGUAGCGGCAAAUCUACCAUGAUGAGGCACAUCUCACAUCAACUACAGAAGUCUCAUGACUCUGUCUUACUGGAACAUUUCUUCAACGCCCGCGGAAGCGGCCUAGAGAAAACCUUUCUAGGACUCUUACGAUCACUUGUUUUUCAACUUUUGAACGAAAUCCCGGAAUUCUGCCCUACAUUUAUUCUCAUUUAUCGCAAAAAGAACCUGAACCUAGGACAGUGGGAAUGGCGGCAGAGCGAGCUCCGUAACUUUUUGCAGUCUAAAUUAAAGAGCUACGAGCGCGAGUUGACCAUCCUGGUAGACGCACUAGACGAAUGUAGUUUCGAUGAAAUAACGUCGGUCGUGUCAUUUCUUGAAGACUUGGGUUUGGAUGCAGUGCAAGCGAAAACCAAUCUCCGGAUCUGUUUGUCCAGUCGCCCUUAUCCUAACGUCAGCAUGAAAAAGAACCUCGAACUCACUCUUGACGGCAAUGCUAAGCACGAUAACGACAUCAAAAAAUAUGUCGAGACUAAACUAAACACUAAAAUCCCAAAUAUCCGAAAGAUAGAAAAGGGGAUUCUCCAAAAGGCAAAUGGUGUCUUCCUUUGGGUUGUCCUCGUUGUUGAAAUGAUCAAUACAGCCGUCGAUCGUGGGCGUGUGGAAGAGAUUCAGAAGACGCUUGACGACAUUCCAAGUGAUCUUGACGACUUUUUCGAAAGGGUUAUCUUCAAUGGCCCAGAAAAGAAUCCCGAGACACUUCUCAUGUUUCAACUUGUUCUAUUCAGCAAAAAACAAUUAACUCCAGCAGAGCUCGUGUUUGCUGUGGUUGCAAGAUUUCACGAGGGCUACCUGAAGCCCAAGAGUCAAUUUGAAAUGAAUGAUGACAUGCUUGAAGCCCGGAUCGUCGAUUCUUCUAAAGGAUUGAUCGAAGUAUCUAGAACGGAAUAUAGUAGUAGAGUUCAGUUCAUACAUCAAACUGUUACGGACUUCUUCCUUCGCAACAGAAGACUCGAGAGGCAUUAUCCUAAACUUGAGCCAGACGCUAUAGCUGCGAGCCAUGACCGACUACGAGCUUCCUGUCUAAACUAUAUUGAGAAAUUUCCAAUUGAUUCCCAAUCGCACAAAGAUCAGUCCGCUCGCGAGCUGAAAGCUGAGUAUCCAUUUCUCGAGUACUCUGCAAUGUAUUUGCUAGAUCAUGCUGAAGCUGCGCUGCAAGGCCAUCAGUUUGGUAUUAAGAAUGACGGAUGGCUCCUAUCACCAGACCAAUUCCAGACUUGGAAGCGCAUUUUGUUUGCCAUCGAGAAGCCUGAGUACCUCCAUGGAGAUCUCAACACUGGCUUGAUAUAUAUUCUCGUCCUUCAUGAAUUCCAUAAUCUUUUUGAAGUGGCCUUGAGGGGCAGUGAUGUGGAUAUCAACACUCAGGGAGGGAUAUUCAACAAUGCUUUGCAGCUAGCUGUGAAAAAACGAGAUGAAAUUUCCACGAAGAUGCUGAUUGAAUUUGGUGCCAAUGUCCAUAUCAAUGGGGGUUACUUUGGCACGGUUCUACAGGCCGCAUUGGCCCUAGAGAACCAUAGUCUUGUGUCUACAAUUAUAGAGAAAGGCACCGAUUUGAAUGCUACUGGCGGGGUUUUUGGAACUGUACUCCAGGCAGCAGCCGCUCGAGGAAAUCUUCAAGUCCUGAAAUCUCUUCUUGAAAGAAGUGCUGAAGUAAAUGUUGACGGUGGAAUUUAUGGUAGUGUGCUUCAUGCGGCUAUAGGAAGCCAAAAGGUCGAGAUUUUCCAACAGCUACUACAUGCAGGAGCUGAUGUGAAUAGCCACGGCGGAAUCUACGGAUCUGCGUUGGAUCUAGAUAAGAUAUCUGACAAAGGCCCUACCAUGUUUGACUUGAAUCAGCCAUUUUUCGUUGCAUUGGCGGUUGGAACCAUUUGCCUUGAGAAUGGUCCAGCAAUAGUGUGGGCUGCAAGAAGUUUGGAGAAUGAUCAAGUCAAGUUGCUUCUUGAAAAUGGUGCAGAUGUAAAUGCUGCCAGUGGGCCUUGGAAAACCGACGUUCAUAAGGUGCAUCAGAUAGAUAAUGUGCGCGGCAUGUCUCUUAAGUACGAAUUAGGCAUGACAGCCCUGAUCUGGGCAGCUCGAAGAGGAAUGAGAGACAUGAUUGAGCUCCUAAUGGAACAUGGGGCCGAUAUAGAGGCACAUUCAUCCUCCGGCGAAACAGCGCUACUCGCGGGAUCAGAAGCCGGGCACAAGGAAAUAGUGAAAUUUCUGAUCGAUCGUGGGGCUAAUCUGUCUGCAAAGGAUAGUUUUGGACAGACUGCUCUUUAUAAAGCAGCCGCUAAUGGCCAUGUCGAUAUCAUGCGCCUACUUCUCAAACACGAGGAUUUCCACGACACCCAUUUUUGUAGUGACCACGAUGUGAUCACAUGUACAAACAUUAAAACAAUUAUUGUGAACGGUGGAAUCUCCUCGGUUUGGUCCGGUAAGUACAACGAGUUUGGGAUGAACCAUUCAAUCCAAUGCUUGGUCAUGAACGGAGGCUUUCUAUACGCAGGUCCGAAAAUGAAAAACUGUGGCGUGUAUAUUGAGAAACUUGAAAUCAAUGGCAGCAUAUGUUAUUUUGAUAUGGAAGAUCUUCUUGAGCUCCGCAUUGGGAGGCUUGAGGUGAAUGGCGGUUCUUUUCAUUUGAAGUUGGGAGAUUGGAGUGGCCACAAAAUUGGCAGCCUCGAGUUAAAUAACGGACAUCUGUCCAUAAAUGCAGCACGAGGCAGUAUGGAAUUCGGAAGUGUUAUAUUUUUGGGAGGGUCAUUCAAUUGCAAUUCGCAUAAGACCCCCUAUGUCGUCCAACAAGUAAUGCUCGGAAGCACACUAUCGGAUUCAUCCAAAAGCCGAUGCAUAGCAGAUCCUGUAUCUGGCCUGCCAGAUAUAUAUAUGAAGCGCUCAGAUGGUCAGAUAAAAGAGUAUGGGACUAUUCAACCUGGAGGCCAGAACAUCCGGAUGAGCAUCGCACCGAGCCCACUUUAUGUGGCUGCCCAAAAUGGCCAUCUGCAAGCUGUACAGCUUCUUCUAGAGUCAGGGGCGAAUUUUGACAAAGAAUCGCCUGUAAUGAACCCCUUGCACGUAGCCCGACAGCGUGGCUAUAAUAGAAUUGUAGGGCUUUUGAAAGAUGUGGGGCAAGAAAGAGGCGAGAAAAAGAAGGAAAUCAGAAGCACAAGAUAA